CGCGAAAUGAAAAAUCGUCAGCACGUUGAAAUUCCUUUCUUAGUUAACUAAGAUAUUUAUCAUAUGUUAAUUUUCAUAACCAUAAGUUAAAAAUGUUCUGUUCCAUGAGAUUUGUUACGAGGAAUCUACCUAUUUUCGGAUAUCAGACAUUUGCAAAAUGUUCUACCGAGAUAACUCAAGGUUUAGUAUCACAUCAACAGCGUAUCCAAAACUUUUCAGAAUCGACAUAUGGACAACCAACGCCAAAAUCUCAUUCUCAUCUUUUAAAGGAGGGAGAACUGAUACCAGGAUUUAAAUUGGAAGAAUUUAAGAAUAGGCGAAAUAAACUUAUGGAAAUGAUAAUUUCGGGUAAUAAUAUAGGAAAGAAUUCAAAACAAUCACAAAUACUGAUUAUUCCAUCCUCAACAAAGGUUUAUAUGUCUGACAAAAUACCAUACGUAUUCCGACAGAAUACAGACUUUUUAUAUUUUACUGGUUGCCAAGAACCAGAUAGUGCUUUGGUUAUGUUUGCCAAUAAUGAUCAGUUCAAAUCAGUCUUGUUUAUGCGGAAGAAAGAUGAGCAUUCAGAAUUAUGGGAUGGUCCAAGAACAGGAGUAGAAGCAGCAGCUGAAAUGUUUGGUGUUGACGAAGCACUACCUACUACAGAAUUUGAACUCUAUUUAGUUUCUCUUUUAAGUAAACAUAGGAAUUGUGGUAUGUGGUAUGAUAGUACUGAAAUCGUUCAGCCAGAACUUCACAAAAAAUUACAAGAACUUCGUAAUACAUCCAUUAAAACAUUUGAAUCUCCAAAGACAAUAAUUCAUCGAAUUAGAUUAAUUAAAUCUGAGUCAGAAAUACAAAUAAUACAGAAAAGUUGUGAAGUAGCUUCAGCAGCAAUUGCAAAGACCAUUCAAAUGUCCAAACCAGGGAUGAGUGAGCAUCAGUUAUUUGCCAUAGUGGAUUAUGAAUGUCGCAUGAAUGGUGCUGAAUUUUUAGCCUACCCUCCUGUUGUUGCAGGAGGGAAAAAUGCCAAUAUCAUUCAUUACAUUAUGAAUAAUCAAAUUAUUCAAAAUGGUGAUAUGGUUUUAAUGGAUGCAGGUUGCGAAUACCAUGGGUAUACAUCAGAUAUUACACGUACUUGGCCUAUUAAUGGUACAUUUACACCUCAACAAGUAAUACUGUACGACAUAGUCCUUGAUGUUCAAAAAGCCUUAAUUGAAAGACUGCACAAUAUGCCCACGCUAGAUCAAAUAUUUCAUGAGAUGUGCUUCCUGUUGGGCAAACGAUUACAAGAAAUUGGUCUUAUUCCCAACAAUCUUUCCCAAGAAAAGCUUAUUUCUGCAGCAUACUCAUAUUGCCCCCAUCAUGUUAGUCAUUAUUUAGGAAUGGAUGUCCAUGAUACGGGAACAAUUUCACGAAAUAUUCAUAUUGAACCUGGCAUGAUUGUCACAAUGGAACCAGGUAUAUAUGUGAAUAGCAAAAACAAGUUGGCUCCAGUUGAAUUUCAUGGAUUAGGAAUUCGAAUUGAAGACGAUAUUCUGUUAAGAAGCGAUGGACCAAUUGUUUUAACAAAAAACUGUCCAAAGGAGAUUCAAGACAUAGAACAACUUGUAAAACAAAAUCAGUGUUAACAUCCAUACAUAUCCAUUAUUAUUGUAAAUACAUAUUGAAUAUAUUUGGGUGGAUAGAAAAUGUACAUAAGAAAGAGUAAUUAAAUGUAUCUCAAUGUA